AUGGAACAAACGAAUAAUGUGACCGAGUUUGUCCUCUUGGGGCUGACUCAGAGCCUUCUGGGUCAGAAAAUAUUAUUUGUUAUCUUCCUGUUCAUUUACAUUGUGACAAUGGUGGGCAACCUACUCAUUGUUGUGACUGUUAUGGUCAGUUCAACCCUGGAUGCCCCAAUGUACUUCUUUCUUGGCUACUUAUCAUUUAUGGAUGCUGUUUAUUCUACUACACUUACACCAAAUAUGAUUAUAGACUUCCUCUAUGAGAAGAAAACCAUUUCCUUCCAAGCUUGUAUGAGCCAACUUUUUAUAGCACAUCUAUUUGGUGGUGCUGAGAUUUUUCUCCUGGUGGCCAUGGCCUAUGACCGCUAUGUGGCCAUCUGUAAACCCUUGCAUUAUUUGAUAAUCAUGAAUCAGCGAGUGUGUGUUCUGUUGCUGAUGAUGUCCUGGGUUGGAGGUUUUUUACACGCUGUAGUUCAACUUCUCUUUGUUUACAACCUUCCCUUCUGUGGCCCCAAUGUCAUCGACCACUUCAUCUGUGACAUGUACCCUUUAUUAAAAAUUGCCUGCACUAACACCUACGUUAUUGGCCUCAUUGUGGUUGCCAAUGAUGGAGCCAUUUGUGUGGUCAUCUUUGUGCUGUUACUCAUCUCCUAUGGGGUCAUUCUGCACUCCCUGAAGUCUCUCGGUCAGGAAGGGAGGCGCAAAGCUUUAUCCACCUGUGGCUACCACAUCACUGUGGUGGUCCUCUUCUUUGUCCCUUGUAUGUUUAUGUAUGUGAGGCCUCCUUCUACCUUACCCAUUGAUAAAUCCUUGACUGUGUUUUACACCGUUAUCACCCCUAUGUUGAACCCCUUAAUCUAUACUCUGAGAAAUGGAGAGAUGAAAAGUGCCAUGAAAAGACUCUGGAUCAGAAGAAGAAAAUGA